AUGGACUUUUCAGCUGCGGCAGCAGUUGCUGCAGCGGCAGCUGCCGUACCAACAGCAAAUAAUAUUGCCAACAGCGCAGCGCUUAAUUCCACCAUCCACGAUGCACUAUUUGGCAGUAAUUCAGCAUGUAAUCCCAACAACAUACCACAGAUGCAGAACCCUUUCUGUAAUCCACCGACAGCACAUCCGAGUUUUUUUGAAGCAAGACGUUUUAGUGAACCAACUCCGUCUCCACAUAAUUUCAAUAUUUCGAGAAGAAAAAGUCGUGACGGUCAAGUGACAUAUUUAUGGGAGUUCCUUCUACGUUUGCUUCAAGACAAGGAAUAUUGUCCAAAAUACAUCAAAUGGCUUGACCACAGUAAAGGCAUCUUUAAACUUGUCGAUUCAAAAGCUGUUUCGCGUCUAUGGGGGCUACAUAAAAAUAAACCUGGAAUGAAUUAUGAAACUAUGGGAAGAGCUUUAAGAUAUUACUACCAACGUGGAAUUCUCCAAAAGGUUGAUGGUCAGCGUUUAGUCUACCAGUUUGUUGAUGUUCCGAAAGAGGUUAAUGCAUCAUACUGUUCAAGUUGCUACAAUUCAGACUAA